AUGGAGGGAAAAGCAAAAAACCAUCAUCCAUUGUUGAGUAGACCUAGUAGAAAAGAAGGCUACAAUCAUGGUUUUAGCCCAUCUCAGAUCCAAGCUUUAGCUGCUGCAUGUGAAGCUUUCUUCCCUUCAUUAUCCCCUGUUUCCACCACCCAAAACCAGGAUGAUUGUGUUUAUGAUGAUAAUGCCCUUCAGCGUUUCUACAACACUUCUGGUUCUCAGUAUCCAUUUCCUGAUGAGGUUGCUGAAAUAAUGGUGAAGUGGGGUUCACCUGAUGCAAUCCCUCUUCUGAAAUUCGUUCUCAAGCUCUUGUCAACCAGGCUUGGGACGUUCUUGGCAUGUGGAUUAAUCUGUCUGGAUUGGAAUUGGCCUUUCGUUCACAAGUUUUCUGAAUUGUCAGUCAACAAGAGAGAAUCCAUUCUUCAGGAAUGGACUAAAGAAACGUUUCUGUUUCCAUUGAGGAUUGUCUUCUUGAUGGUUAAGAUGAUGUGUUGCUUCGUCUUCUUCUCUUGGAUUGAUGAGAAUUUCAAGAAUCCCUUUUGGGAUGCAAUUGGAUACGAGGUGGAUGAUUCUAAACAAGAUUUGGCAGAACCCCGGAAAGAUAGACCACUUGAGAAAGGCGUAAUUGAGACCAGGAAAGAAAAUGAUUCAACCCUCAAGAAUUCCCUCAUCCAGAAAGGCCUAUAUGUCAAAGAUGAUCCCAAUGACAACGUGAUCAAGGUCAGAUGUGAUGUUGUGAUAGUGGGUUCUGGUUGUGGUGGCGGAGUUGCGGCGGCUAUCCUCGCCGCCUCCGGUCAAAAAGUGGUGGUCCUUGAGAAAGGCCAUUAUUUUGUCCCGGAAGAUUAUUCUGGCCUAGAAGGACCUGCCUUCAAUGAAAUGUACCAACUAGGAGGGAAACUAACAACCCUUGAUGGAAAAGUCUUCAUCUUGGCUGGAUCAACUGUUGGUGGAGGAACUGCUGUGAAUUGGUCAGCUUCAAUUAAGACUCCUGAUCACGUUCUUAAAGAAUGGUCCACCAAGCAGAAGAUUCCACUCUAUGGAAGUUCUGCUUAUCUUACAGCCAUGGAUGCUGUGUUUAAGAGGCUUGGAGAUGGAGCUAUGAGGAAUAGAUGCAGGGGAGUGAUUGCGGCUGUUGAAAGCAAAAACAGCACAAACAGGAUGCUGGAAAUCGAGGCAAAGGUCACGAUUUCGGCCUGUGGCGCUAUAUUGACGCCGCCAUUGUUAUUGAAUAGUGGACUAAAGAACAAAAACAUCGGUCGUAAUCUCCAUCUCCAUCCUGUUCUCAUGGCCUGGGGAUAUUUUCCAGAAUCUGGGUCAGAACUUAAGGGAAAAUGUUUCGAGGGAGGAAUCAUCACUCGCGUGCACAAAGUGAACGUUGGCGAUUCCAAUGCCGAUUGUAUCAUUGAAUGCGCAGCAAUGGGCCCAUCAUCCUAUGCAUCUUUGGUGCCAUGGACAUCCGGAAGGGACAUGAAAGAGAGAAUGCGAAAAUAUUCCCGAACAGCAUCUAUAUUCGCGCUGGUUAGAGAUCAAGGUUCUGGAGAAGUGAUGGAGGAGGGUCGGAUCAAGUAUCGUUUGGAUGGAGUUGACAAGGAAAACAUCAAAGUUGGGCUAAGACAGGCUUUAAGGAUUCUAGUGGCUGCGGGAGCAGUUGAGGUAGGGACUUUCAGAAGUGAUGGACAGAAACUAUGCUGUAAAGGGAUUAAGGAUAUGGAAUUGGAGGAGUUUCUGGACAAUGUUACGGCACUUCCCGGGCCGAAAUCCAAGUCGGAAGAAUGGGGAAUGUAUUGUUCUGCUCAUCAAAUGAGCAGCUGUAGGAUGGGAGCUAAUGAAGAGGAUGGUGCAGUUGAUGAGAAAGGUGAAUGCUGGGAAGCAGAAGGCUUGUUUGUAUGUGAUGGAAGUGUUAUUCCAACCGCCAUUGGUGUUAAUCCUAUGAUUACCAUCCAAUCUACUGCUUAUUGCCUUUCUAAGAGAAUUGCUGAAUUGCUAAGAGAAGGGAAGUACCAUCUAGAUGAUUAUUAUUGA